CUCUUCGACUAUCAUAUUUCGUUGGAGGCUCAUUUUGACGUAUGCCUAAGUGAAAACGACGUCGACAAGACUGGACUACAUAACCUCUCAAACGAGGAUUUGUUUGUCGAUAUAAUUAACAGUUUCGACGCUUGUAGGAAAUUGCAAGAAUUUUAGAAGAAAAUAUCAGUUUCGAGAUAACAAGACUUCUUUCUUUUUAAUUAAUAAAUGGAAGAUUUAUUUCAUUUACCUCUUCUGGAAACAUCCAGUCAACCUUGUUGUUUGUUUACAUUUAUAUGUCACUAUAUUCACUAUACAGUAAAUGAAUCAUUUGAUGAUAAUAUGUAAUAAAUCACUCUAUUACAACGCGAUAUGGAUAAAAAUAAUAUCAAUCAAUAAUCUAAAUUCUUAUUUGUUAGAAGAUACUCCAUUUCUUCAUGUUAUGUUGAUAUUUGUGCGAUUGAAUGGUAUGUCACACGUAGGAAUAUCUCAAAACAGUGUAUUCUAUACGUUUGAAGUGUCUAGGGAUGUCAGGGAAAAGAAAAAAAGUGACAUUGACUAUGGAGAAGAAACUGGAAGCUCUAUUCAGAAUCGACAAAGGUGAGCCGAUGAAACGCGUUGCUACUGACUUGGGGGUAGGGGCAUCGACUGUUUCCGACUGGAAAAAGAACAGAAAGGAAAUUGAAGGCUUUUGUGCUAAGAUGGUUUCCAGGGACAGUUUAGGCAAUAGAGGAACGAUUAAAAAAGCAAAGAACGUUAUGCUCGACGAAGCCCUCUACGUGUGGUACAUGCAAGAACGUGAGAAUGGUGUCUCGAUAUCAGGACCGAUGCUGAGACAAAAGGCUCUCAGUCUUAACAACAAGUUUAGCGGAGAUCCUACUUUCACUGCUAGUGUGGGAUGGUUAGGAAGAUGGAAAGCGCGUCAUGGAAUCAGACUUACGAUUUCUGGUGAAAAUUUGUUAGGGGAAUCUAUACCUAAUGACAGCACGGAUCACCAGCUCCUAUUGGAAGACAACCUUGUUACCGUAUGUUUGUCCACCCAGGAAGAAGAGGAAGCUCAAGAUGAAGAAACAAAAGCUUUUCUAGAUAACAGGUGUCACGAAGAAUUAACUAGUUUGAAUCAUGCAGAAGCUACAGAAAUGCUUCAGAAAUUAAUAACAUACUUCGAACAUCAAAGUGAAACUUUAGAGAACGAACUUAUAACUCUAAAUCAUUUACGCGAUCGCGCAUCGAAAAAGUGUCUAUUAGCUUUGAAGCAAGAAAAGACUAGCGACUUUCUUAAAUAACGUUUACUAGUGUACAUUUACGGAAACUGUGAUUUCUUUAUCACCAAACUUGCCAGUGUAAAUAAAUUAUGUAAAUAUACAAUAUUUUUC